CGCUGUUCGCUCUGAGAGUGCGGGUCCGUGGAUGCUACCAGCAGCGGGAGAGACAAAGUAGUUUGUAGUCGCCGACUUCACCUCCAAACAGCCGUCUUUCUCCACGACACCGCGACAGACUUCACCGGGUCCAUCUCCUUUUUAGUCAUGCCACGCGGCGGGAAAAAGGGCCACAAGGGCCGAGGGAAGCAGUUCAGCAAUCCCGAAGAGAUCGAUCGGCAAAUGCGAGCCCAAAAGGAACUGGAGGAAAAUGCUGGUGCAGAAAAAGGCAGUUCAUCUGACUCUGAGGAGGAGAGCAGCAGUGACGAUGAUUCUGAGUUUAAGAAGAGGAAGGGAGUGGAGGGGCUCAUACAGAUUGAGAAUCCCAACCGAGUCUCUCAGAAGAGCAAGAAGGUGACUGAGCUGGACGUCAGUGCUCCCAGAGAGCUGUCACGCAGAGAGAGAGAAGAGAUUGAAAAGCAGAAAUCGAAAGAGCGCUACAUGAAGCUUCAUCUGGAGGGGAAGACUGAGCAGGCCAGGGCUGACCUGGCCAGGCUGGCCAUCAUCAAGCAGCAGAGGGAGGACGCAGCCAAGAAGAGAGAAGAACUCAGGAAAGUAAAAGAAGCCGAAGAAGCCAAAGGAAAGCGCUAACCCUCCAGCCGGGAGCUUCGACCUGCACUUCAGUCUCAGAGGGUUUGAGGAGGAGGAGGAGGAGGAGAUGUGGCGAACGGGGAGGGGACCAAUACGAAUGGAUUACCAGAUCAGGGCUGCUCCUGGACUCCCAUCUCUCAUUUGGAAUCCGAGGGGGGGAAACGUGGGGCUUCCAUGACAGUGCGGUCAGGACAGGGAAACACGGGCGGAGGGAAGCGAACUGAAGAGAAGUGCAACAUUUGGGAUUCCUCCAGUUUUCUGUGUCAUUCCUAGAAGGAUUGAGAGGAGACAGUCGCAGGCUUUCCAAGUGCUUCACAGCCUCUUCGCUCUUCUCCACCCAGCAGGGUUUUAAUUCUCAAGCUGCUCAAGUUAUUUCCAAUAUUUUUGAAUCACUUUUUUUUUUUUUUUUUUUUUUUUUUUUACUAUUACAUGGUUACAGAAUAGAAGUUUAACAGACAUCAAGCAUACAUGAGGGUAUUUUUGGUUUAUUUUUUUGGUGCUUUACUUUUCGUUCAUCUCAUCUGUCUUGUAAGAGAAUCAGCCAGCGACAGGAGAAACUGACACUUAGGACGUUCAAUGUGGAGUUCACAUCCUCCUUCAGGAUUUAUAUUGGCAUGCUGCACCACAGAUUUUAUCGCUAGAACUUUGGAUAUGCUGUGUAGAUUUAGAUAAAUCGGAGUUCAAAAUGAGACAUUAAUCCUUUAAACCCGACCGAGAAAAUUGGCUCUCCUUCACCCACUCGGCACGGUGAGAAAUCUUGAAAGUUUUCUAAAAUUCACUUUUCACACUAUUCAAGCAUUUAAAAGGUUUCAAAAGUGUCUUGUAAGCACCCAUUUAUUACUUGAAUCACCCCCCACAUUAAAAAGAAAGUAUUUUAAAGUAGAGAAGAUGGUUUAGACUGCCUCAGCAUCUUUGCUCUCGCCUUGUUUCUGACGGGUCGACUCGUUGCAUAGAAGAGAUCGUCGUUUGUUGCCUCUAUCAAGUUUACACAGGACCAACUCACUGUCUUUCUCCUUUCAUUGAAGUGCUUAUUUCAUGAGGUCCACUUACAAACUACAGCAAUGCAAACACCAGCCUUUAAAGGUGGCUUAACGUCUCUGUCGUGGUGCGAGGCGGCCGAGCUGUCUUAAUCCGACUUGGCGGGUGUGCGUGUUCGACUGGAGCCCUCAGUAUGAGGCAGAUCUGGUGUUAAAUCAUCUGGAAGCUGUUCACCGAAGAAACUCUUGAAACCACAGUAUUGUCAGAAAUGUAGCCACAGCAUUCCACAGUCAUUCCAAGUUUCCCCCAUCACGUCUUUGAAAGUCAUUUUAAAAAAA